CGUGCGUACGGUAGAGUAAUAUACAGCACGAGACACGAAACUCGGAACACUAGUACCUUGGACGACAAUAACGUCAUCUUUUCUCAUAUUCUAUCAAACUUGUUUCGUAAAAGUAUUUUACGAUGGCGUUCUCAAGUUUCUUCAAGGCCGCCGCCUUCUUGGCAGUGAUUGUUCCCAAUGAAGCCUUCGCACCAGCCUCUCUUGGUGUUAAGACUGUACGUGUCGUGAUCAGAUGGGUUUGAUGCUUCCAGCGAUGCUGACGGAAUUCUUUCGAAGCAAAUGGUAUCCUUUGUCAAGGAUUUACAUUUCGCUGUUGCGUUACCCUUGACAUUUUUAGAUGCAUCUGACGUUGUCCUUUUAUUUACUUUUUAUAGUCUAGCUUGUCCAUGUCCAGCCAAGCCCAGGAUGUCGACAAGAAGGAGGCUUCUUCUGCCGCCCAGCGUGAAGUCGAUCUCGACCUUUACCGUAACAUUGGUAUCAUGGCUCACAUUGACGCUGGAAAGACCACCACUACCGAGCGUAUCCUUUACUACACCGGAAAAUCUUACAAGAUCGGCGAGGUUCACGAAGGUGGCGCCACAAUGGAUUGGAUGGAACAAGAACAAGAAAGAGGAAUCACCAUCACAUCGGCUGCGACCACAUGCCAAUGGAAGGACUACCGUAUUAACAUCAUUGAUAGUAAGUCGAAAUCACCUCUGCCUGUAAAAACAUUUUGUUUCAAAGUUUCUCUACUAACACUGUUUCUGUUGUCGUUAAUUUGAAAACAGCACCUGGUCACGUUGAUUUCACUCUCGAGGUCGAACGUUCUCUUCGAGUUCUUGAUGGUGCCGUCGCUGUCUUCGACGGUGUUGCAGGAGUCGAACCCCAGACCGAAACCGUCUGGCGACAAGCCGACAAAUACAAGGUCCCUCGUAUGUGCUUCUUGAACAAGAUGGACCGAACUGGAGCCAACUUCUACUUCUGUGUCGACACCAUUGUCGAUUUGCUCGGAGCGACACCUGCUGUUCUCCAGCUUCCUAUUGGUUCCGAAGGAGAUUUCUUGGGAGUUAUCGACCUUGUCACUAAGGAGGCCAUUGUCUGGCGGGGAGAAGAUCUUGGAGCCAGUUUCGAUGUCAUUCCUCUUGCCGAAUGCGAUGAUAUUCCUUUGGUUGACGAUGAACUCAAGGCCAAGGCCGAAGAAUACCAUGAAAAACUUGUCGAACUUGCCGUUGAACAAGACGAAGAUGUUCUCAUGGAAUACCUUGAAGGAGAGAUGCCGUCUGUCGACACACUGAAGAGACUUCUCCGUAAGGGAACCUUGAACCUUGACCUGGUUCCUGUCUUGACAGGAACAGCGUUCAAGAACAAGGGAGUCCAGCCCUUGUUGGAUGCUGUGGUCGAUUACAUGCCUUCCCCUCUUGAUGUGCUUGCCAUUGCCGGUGUCACCGAAGACGGCGAAGAAACCGAACGUAAAUCCUCUGAUGCUGAGCCUAUGUCUGCCCUCGCCUUCAAGGUUGCAAAUGAUCCUUUCGUUGGUACUUUGACUUUCACCCGUGUUUACUCUGGUGUAAUGGAAGCCGGAACCAGCGUGUACAACUCUGUCAAGGGAAAGAACGAGAGAAUUGGACGUAUGUUGCAGAUGCACGCCAAUGACCGUACUGAGAUCAAGUCUGCUGUCGCCGGAGAUAUCAUUGCUUUGGUUGGACUUAAGGACACAACAACUGGAGAGACUCUUUGUGACAAGGACAAUGCCGUCAUUCUUGAAAAGAUGGAGUUCCCUGAGCCUGUCAUCAAGGUUGCUGUCGAACCCAAGACCAAGGGAGAUCAGCAGAAAAUGUCCGAGGCUCUCAUCCGUCUCGCAGCCGAAGAUCCAUCGUUCCGAUUCGCUCGUGAUGAAGAGACCGGCCAAACUAUUAUCGAAGGAAUGGGAGAACUCCACCUUGAGAUUAUUGUUGACCGUAUGAAGCGUGAGUUCAACGUCGAAUGUACCGUCGGGGCUCCUCAAGUGUCGUACCGUGAGGCAAUCACAACCACCGCAGAAGUUGACUACACCCACAAGAAGCAAUCUGGAGGUUCUGGUCAAUACGCGCGAAUCAAGCUUGUCUUCGAGCCUAAGGAGUUCAGCGAGGAAGAAGGUGCCAUGGACUUCGAGUUUGUUUCUGAUAUUAAGGGAGGAGCUGUUCCAAAGGAAUACGUCCCUGGUGUCCAAAAGGGAAUUGAAUCUGUUCUCGGAACCGGUGUCGUUGCCGGUUUCCCUGUAUUGGGAAUGAAGGCUACGCUUAUUGAUGGUGCUUACCACGAUGUCGAUUCUUCCGUCAUGGCGUUCGAAAUUGCCGGACGUGCCGCCACCCGUGAAGGUUUGAGAAAGGCCAAGGCUCGUUUGAUGGAACCUCUGAUGCAAGUCGAUGUGUCCACACCAGAGGAGUACAUGGGAGAUGUACUUGGAGACAUCAACUCUCGCCGUGGUAUGGUCGGUGAACUCGGAGAACGUGGUAAUGUUAAGACCAUCAGUGCCCAGGUUCCUCUUGCCAACAUGUUCCAAUAUGUUUCUACUCUUCGAUCGAUGAGUAAGGGACGUGCCAAUUACUCCAUGAAACUUGCCAACUAUGACUUCGUCCCUCCUAAUAUCGAGGAGGAUCUGAAGAAGGGAUUCACUGGCGUUGAGGAGGAAUAAACAAAUAAUAUUGUAGUUUAAAAUAAAAUCUUCUUGCACUU